CAGUGUUUGCAAUGUUUGGAAUGUGUCUCCAGCCAGUCGAGGAGCUCUAAUGACAGCCGCCAUUGUCCUCUUCAUGUUCAUGGGAGCGGCUGGAGGCUACCACGCUGCCAGACUCUACAAGACCCUGAAAGGCUCCGACUGGAAGAAGGGAGCUCUUCUGACUGCCACUCUCUAUCCCUCCACCUUCUUUGGCAUGGGCUUCUUCCUCAACUUCUCAUCUGGGGGAGAAACACUCCCGGAGCCGUGAGUGAUGAUGUAACUUUUAGUCAUGUGACUGUCACGUGAUAUACUCUCUGGAGCAGUGAGUAUCACUGAUGAUAUUGUUUUUGUCAUGUGACUCUCGUAUGUAGAAUAGAUGCAGUAGAUCACAUGACUGAUCACAUGACCUCUCCCUGCAGGUACCAUUCACCACCAUGCUGGCUCUGCUGUGCAUGUGGUUUGGAAUAUCCUUCCCCCUCGUCUUCGGAGGUUCCUAUUUCGGGUUCCGGAAACAGCCGUACGAACAUCCAGUGAGGACCAAUCAGAUUCCUCGACAGAUCCCCGAGCAAAUCUGGUACCUCCAUCCAGUCUUCGCAUCAAUGAUUGCAGGGAUCCUCCCGUUCGGAGCGGUGUUCGUGGAGCUGUUCUUUAUCCUGACGGCCAUCUGGGAAGACCAGUUCUACUAUCUCUUUGGGUUCCUGUUCCUCGUCUUUGUCAUCCUCAUCAUCGCCUGCUCAGAGGUCGCCAUUGUCAUGACUUACUUCCAGCUCUGUGGAGAGGACUACCAUUGGUGGUGGAGAUCCUUCUCCCUCUCAGGUUCAUCCAGUUACUAUGUCAUGGGCUACGCCAUCAUCUACUACUACACAAAGCUGGAGAUAGUGAGUGUCGUAUCGACCAUGCUCUAUUUCGGCUACACCAUGGUUAUGGUGUUGGGAUUCUGGCUCCUCACCGGGACCAUCGGCUUCUAUGCCACCUACAUCUUUAUCUGCAAGAUCUAUGGAGCUGUGAAACAGGACUGACCAGUUUUCAGAACUCUUUAGGGGAGGGGCGUUUCUCUCACGCAUACAUACAAUAAUAUUAUACACAUCCGCGUCGCAAUAUUAAUGUGUUAUGCAUGUCAACCAUAAACAAAUAAUUUCUUCUCAACAUAAGGAGUCAUAGUACAUUGUGACUAUACAGCUGGAAUACAUAAUUAUACUGUAUAUACAGUGUCCACUGCUAUUAAUAGCAACAAAAUUGUGAUGUAAUGAUAAUGUGGUAUAUGAAUGGACUAUCUUUGA